CAGCAGUCUACUUCAACUUCAGCCCUCAUUGACCGUGUCGCACAGGCAAGGUUUCCGCUUGUGAGGCGGCAGUCUCUACUAGAUGCUCUCAGCUUAUGUGCUCUUCAGCUUUCUGCUAUUUGGCAUCACCAUAAUCUUGCUCUAUGCUCGGAAAUCAAAUGAUGCACCAAGAACGCUUCUCGUUACCCUUGGGUCAGGUGGACAUACAGGAGAGAUGAUCAGUAUGCUCUCUACGCUCGAUACGAGACCUUUUGGGCGACUUGUCUUCUAUGUUUCGACAGGGGAUCGCUUAUCUUUGACUAAAGCCAAUGAACUAUCCCAGCAGCUCGGCGUCCAGCAAAUUGACAUCCGAGUGAUUCCGCGAGCUCGUCGUGUCAAGCAGUCAUUCUGGACAUCUCCAUUCACUUCCAUCAUAAGUCUCCUAUCAGCGUUCCUGUAUGUGGCGCAAGACAAGCCAGACCUGAUAUUAUCAAACGGACCAGGCACCUGCGUCAUCAUCAUUGCUGUUGCGCGGCUGUUUCGGUUGUUGGGCGUCCAGCAUGCGCGAGUCGUGUUUGUUGAAAGCUUUGCCAGAGUCCAUAAUCUGAGUCUCUCUGGGAAACUACUGCUCCAGCUGAGACUGGUCGACCGGUUCUUGAUGCAGUGGCCAACGGAUGUGCAAGUUCACCCUAAAGUAGAGAAUGUGGGCAGCUUGAUUUAAUGCUAGUUGACCUGAUGAUGCCAAUGU